CCGCAACCUGUCUUACUAUCCUCCCACGUUUCAUUGACGCAUUCUAUAUGACUUACUCCAUGAGCUAGUUGGAGUUAUAUAAAAGUUUCGAUCCACCAAGGUGACAACAUCAUGACAAAUCCAGAGUUGAAUACAUGCGAAUCGCAAACACAAUGCCCUCUCUUGUUCAAGCUCUCUACUGAGCUCCGCUUGAUGAUAUGGGAGUACGCCAUAGGGGAUCAAAGCGUACAAAUCGGCUUCCAGCAGAACCACCUGACCCAUUCCAUCUGUAAUCCCCUUCUUUGGAAGAACCGCCGCCCAAUCAUCCCCGUGUCUUCGAUGGGGAGACAUGGCACAGUGCGAACCUUCGUGUGUCGCCAGCUCCGACAUCAAGUCUAUGCCCAUGCGACCAUGAAUCAAGAACAUUUCAACGACCUCUCCCAAAAUGUCAAGAUUUUCGAUCUUAUUUACGCAAUGGGAAAGACGCCGAUGCCGCCCAGCACAUUGGGAAAUCUCCUUCUAACAUGUAGGCAAACGUACUCCGAGACCAUUGAGAUGUUGUACACCAAAAGCACCUUCAUCUUCCCACAACCAUGGCUAUUCCCCUGCUUCCUCGCCACCAUCUCGCCCGCCAACUCUCAGUUCCUCCGCUCCGUGACCAUCUGCCUCAAAAUGAGCGACAACGACUCACCCUGCUCGCAGAACCCAUACCACGACAGCAAGCAAGCACUCGCCUCGGGGCAAUUCAAUUACAUAGGGUCGUGGCACCACAUCCAGACCUCCUUGUCGACGAUGCCAAAUCUCAGAACUGUGAAAGUAAUCAUAAGCGAACCGCACGCGGAGACAUAUGCAAACUCGUGGAGGCAGUUCGAUCACGAGGCCCUGACGAAGAGGCUGGUGGAGUAUUUCACGAAGAGGAGGUGUAGGGCGAGGGGGCUCAAGAUGCAGAUUUACGUGCCGUUUGUGAGGAUCAAGUAUCUUGGGAAUAAUAUGAUAUCUUGGGAGACGGAUGUGGAGUGUGAGCCCCUGGUUAGGGAUCUGGAAAGAAAGCUGCGGAGUAGAGGCAUGGUUUGCGAGGUUGUAGCAGGUGGGAUGAUCGCAAUGCGGAAAGAGAUGAUUGGAGAAUAUGUAGGUGAUGAUAGUCCAUUCUAGGACGAUUGCGAUAUGAAUAUCCUAGCCUAUCCUUUUAGGUUGUGGUACGAAAUCUGAGUGGUGCCAAUUUGUGGCGGUCAACAUAGAUCAAGGUCACUUCAGGUCUGGAAGCGUUCACUGUAAGAUGUUUCUCCUUCAACCAUUCAUUUGUAGUCAU